AGAAAUCCCUCAUUCUGAAUCUCUACAAUGUCAAGUCACAAAAGAAGGAUUAUUCUUAGCAAUGUGACAGUGAAACUUGGUUGCAGCAGCAGUUGCACUAGGCCUAAACUCUCCAGCAUUUUUCACCCAAAACCACGUCACAAAUCCACCACUUUCCAUAACAAGAAAGCCCCUCAAUCCCAGAAAAACAACAACUACUCUAACUACUCUUCUUGUAGUUCUUGGGACACUACGACAACAACUUUCUCACCCAACAUGGAAACUCCACCAGCUUAUAAUUACUCCUCCGACAGUACUACUGAAUGUUCAGAGAUCAAAAGCUUAAGGGCCGUUCAGGGAUUCGGUCGAAUCGGCGGCGAGAGUGUCGCCGUCGAGAAAGAUUCCGACGACCCGUACUUGGAUUUCCGGCAGUCAAUGCUGCAGAUGAUUCUUGAAAAGGAGAUUUAUUCUAAGGAUGACUUAAAAGAGCUGCUCCACUGCUUCUUACAGCUGAAUUCUCCUCAUUACCAUGGAAUCAUUGUGAGGGCUUUUACUGAGAUCUGGAAUGGGGUUUUUUCUUUAAGGCCUGGUGCUGUUGGAGCUAGUUCCCCGUUCUUGCAUGGCGGAGGUCACGUGACUUUUAGGUGAUGAUCACGUGAUACGUGAUUUCUUUUCUUUUUUUAUUUAUCUUUAUUGACGUAACUUGUCUUAUCAGUAAGUCUGGUUUAUUAAGUAUUUCACGUUAAGUGUGUGCCGUAGUAGUAGGGAGGCGGUGGGACCCAUUAAUAUUACUAGAUGGGUUUCUUAGAAAUAUUUAUGGACUAUAUUAAUGUUGUUCUUUUUUCUUUUAAGGUAGGGUUAGGACAAAAAAGGGGGUUCUAUUUUCACAGCCUUUUUGAUUGCGGAUAAAAGAAAAAGAAAUUGUAUUAUGUAGUCAAGGGGUGGUCAAAAAUGCUGUGAAAAUUGUAAUCUAUUAUUAGUAAUGUACUGCUUAUCUUUUGUCCUUCU